AUGUCGUCGACAGGAGCCCCCAAUGGCUCCAAUGGGGACCCCGCGCAAACAGCGAGAUCAGCAGCACCCUCGCCCAGACCAUCGACAGCUGCAUCUGGGCUACCGCCACGGCCAGCAUCAGCUUCCCCCUACGCCGCCACCGCGGACUCGUUAGCGACCACAACCCCCGAGCUCGAUGUAUCCAAGCUUCAAUCCCUCCCCGCCGAACAGCAGGAGCUCUUUCUCCUGACCUUUGUCUCGACCCUGUCCAAGCAUGUUCUCAGCCUCCCCGCCGACGACUGCACUGCCCAGCAGUUCUACCUCAAGAAGGAGAUCUUCCAGAUCAUCAACCUGCCCUCGCCGCAGCCGAGCCGUGUCGUCAGGAAUGACCUCGGCAAGUGCCUCGCCCACAUCUUCGGCCACGGCGACAGGAAGCUUCUCUUCGAGACCAUCAACGACCUCGUCGGCAUCAUUUCCGGCGCCAAGUCCAAGACCGAUACCGGCCCCCGUACGAAGCAUGCCGCUGUCGUGUGCCUGGGUGAUGUUUAUUCCUCCGCUGGUGACAGCGCCAUCGGCCUGCACCAGCUGGUCUGCGCCACCCUCGUCAAGCUGCUCAAGUCGUCGUCCAACAACGCCGGUCUCCGCGCCGCCGUCUUCGGGUCCCUGAGCAAGGUCGUCAAGAUGGUGGAGGGAAGCGUGGAUGAGAACGUUGCCAGAGACAUCUUUAAGCAGUCGCGCAGCUACGCCACGAGCGACAAGGGCUCGCUUGUCGUCGUGUCGGCGUGCCGCUGCCUGAGGGCGCUGGUUCGGCACACGGCCUACUUUGAGAACUCGAGCGAUUUUGAGAAGCUCCAGGCCGCCAUUUUCAAGGUCAUCGACUCGAACUCGUCGCAGGUGAGACAUGCAGCUGCGGAAGCUCUCGCCGAGGCCAUGGUGCGGGGUUACUCUGAGACGGGUGUCGCGGACGGCGCCGCCCCGCUGGCUUCGAAGGCGUCCAAGAGAUUCUCAAAGAAACCCCCCAAGCGCACAGGGACCCAGGCCAGCAUGGUCGCCGACGAGGACGACCUGCCAACGUCGCGGCCCGGCAGCCCCGCGCCGGGCGGAAAAAGGACGCAGGACCUCGCGCUCUCGCUCACGGAGAUCCUCAAGGUUCUUUCUACGCAAUACACCAAAAUGCCGACAUCCAACAAGGCGAGGGCGGCCAUCGGUGUCUGCUACGGCAAGGUCCUCCGGAAGCUUGGUGAGAAGACGGUUGAGACGAACUACCUCAGAAUUCUCGAGAAUCUGACCGUAGACUUGCUGGGGCACCCCAACAUUUUCAACAAUCGGUACCGUCUUCUCAUUUCGCGGCGCAUCGUCGACACGAUCCUCCAGGAGAUCGUUGGCAAGAAGAUCCUGGGCGAGUCUGGUCAGACGACAGCGACCAAGUCGAUCAUCAGCGACGUACUUAAGAACUACCCUCAGGCUCUUACUGAGCGCCCGGAGCCGUCGAAGCACACCCUUAUUGCGGCCCUCGGCGCGGCGUCGUCGCUGGUCAACGACCUGGGUUCUGCGGCGAACAAUUUUGCAGAGUCCUGCCGAGACGGUCUUCUCCAGGUCCUGCAGCACCCCAGCUACUCGGUUCAGGUCCAUGCUUCAGCAUGUAUGAAGGCCUUCGUCCUAGCCUGCCCGCAGCAGCUCCUUCCGUGCUUGUCUGUGUGCAUGAACAGCCUGAGCCGCGAGCUGUCACUGCUCACCAGCGGGCGGAACUCUCCUCGACGAUGCGUUGGGUUUGCCCAUGGCCUGGCGGCAACGCUCAGUGCCAGCCCCGCGCGGCCUUUACAUGGCUCCGUUGACAUCAACAGCCGCGUCUUGACCAUGGCUACGAACCUGCUGAAGUCGAGUGGGCAGUCUGAGCUGAGGGUCUCGAGCACCCAGAUCCAGGUCGCGUGGAUUCUGAUCGGAGGUCUGAUGUCCCUUGGGCCCAACUUUGUCAAGAUUCACCUUUCGCAAUUGCUUCUGCUUUGGAAGAACGCGCUACCGAAGCCGCUAUCGAAAGACAACACCGCGCACCGGAGCUUCCUGGAGGCUUCGUUCCUGACGCACGUCAGGGAAUGCGCCUUGGGAUCUAUCCUGUCAUUCCUGCAGUUUAACAACCGACUCUUGACGGUUGACGUUUCCAAACGCAUAGCCACGAUGCUCCAGAACACGUCGGCCUUCUUGAAAACACUGCCCUCGAAGAAGAUCACCGACGACGUGGCGCAGAGACUGACGCCGGCGUUGCAGCUGCAUGAUCUUGACAUGAUGGUCCAGCGCCGCGUUCUUCAGUGCUACAUCAAGUUGGUCAACCUCAGUCCGGCCGGCGGCAGCGAGGCCCUGCUCCAGUCCAACCUUCUCACGAUCGCCAUAUCACUUUUCGCGGACCCGGAAAACUACUCGGCCAACUCCCUCAGCGCGUCCAUCGCGAACGCUGCAGCCACGUUCGAGACUGUCUGGGACGUGGGCGACAAUUCGGGAUUCGGCAUCACUGGACUGAUUUCUGGUUUCAAAAUCAAGGGCCUGCCGGGACAGCAGGAUAACUUGAUAGAAGGGACGCCGGUAGAGACGGACAGUCCCGAGGAGACGAUAGACAGGCUGUUGUUGUCGCCAGUGUGCGGCUCCUUGGAACACGACGCAUCUCUCCUGUACGUCGGCGACACCGCCUCGGAGCCGAUGAACCCCGAUCCCCCGGCCACCGAGGUCAUCAACAUGGCCAUCCAAUUGUUUGCCUUCGUCUUCCCCCUCACGCCUCCCAAGGUACAGGAGAGCGUUCUGGAACAGGUCAGGACGUUCAUGUCGGCGGGCACCCUGCUGAGAGAUCCUGGAAGGAAGGCAGCCAUCAAUGUCAACGUUUCGGUCGCAGUUCUGUCGACGCUGCGCGUGGCCGUCAGGGAGACCCAGUCAUCUCCAGGCAAUGUCACGAACCUUGCCGUGGAGAGGCUCCUGCAGGACAUGCUGAGAGACUUCGUCAUUGAUGGGGAUCAGUACGUCCGGAGCGUCGGUUAUGCUGCCGUGGCGAGACUCUGCAAUGCUUGCGGCAACGCCUUCACCAACCACGAAAUCAAGUACCUCGUCGACACCAUCGUGAGCAACCGCGAGCCGAGCGCCCGCGCGGGUUGCGCCAUGGCACUGGGUUCCAUCCAAACCAAGGUCGGCGGUAUGGCCGCGGGCUACCACCUAAAGACGAUUCUCGGCAUUUUGAUGUCCUUGUGCAACGACCCCCACCCUACUGUCCACUUUUGGGCGCUGGAGGCGCUGGCUUUGGCAUCGGAUGCUGCUGGUCUGAGUUUCGCGGGGUACGUGCCCAGCACGCUCGGAAUGCUGGCCCAGCUGUACGUCUCCGACACGCACCACCCUGAGAUCUCGUCCGCUAUCACUAUGAACCUUGAGAUGGAGUUGUCGACUUCAGCAGCCAUCACGCGAUGCGUCGACUCCCUUAUCAACGUGCUCGGCCCUGACUUGCAAGAUUCCACCAAGUCACGGGAGCUUAUCCUCAACCUUGUCAACCAGCUACAAGAAGAGGACGACUUGCUGGUGCAACGAGCCGCUUUGAGCUGUCUCGAGCACCUGUCCCUAUACGCACCUGGCUACAUGAACUUUGAGGAGUAUGUCAGGCUGCUCCAGAAGUACCUCAAGUCAGAGAUUCCUAUAUUGCGCGACGUUGCUGUCGACGGCUUGUACAACAUUAUGAAGAGGGAUCCCAAUGACGUGAUCAAUGCCGCAGAGAAGGGCCUUGAGGAACAGUUGUGGCUGGUCCUGGACACUGCACCGACACAUGACGGUAUCAGAAACAUCAUCAGGAACUGGAUGCGCCAGACGUGUCUAACCGACACUGCUCUGUGGCUUCAAAGGUUCCAGAACGUACUGAAAAUGACUAGGGUCAAGGCGAAGGAAGAGUCGGACGCCGCGACCAAGAAGUCGGGUGGAAUGCCCGAUCUGCAAGAUGAAGAAGUCGCUGGCUUCGCCGGCACUGCCAAAGACGACCCAGACAACAAGGCCGCGUCCGAGGUCGAGCCUCUGCGAUGGCAGGUGACGACGUUUGCCAUUAGCUGCAUCAACGACAUGUUCGCCCUGAUUGCGAAGGAUGUGAUGACGAACGGUGAGUCCGCCGCCCAGCUGGCGCUUCAGAACAAGAUUGGCGAUGUUGUCCGCAUGGCCUUCUCCGCAUCGACGUCUAGUGUCCUGGAGCUGCGCGUGUGGGGCCUCAAGAUUAUCGGAGCACUCCUCAAGAUGUUUGGGAGGACACCGGACCCAGACUUUGACGAGGCCAUGCUUCUGGAGCAGUACCAGGCCCAAAUCAGUUCGGCGCUCACGCCCGCCUUUGCUGCGGACUCGUCCCCCGAGCUGGCUUCUGAAGCGGUUAAUGUCUGCGCUGGCUUCAUCUCGACGGGCAUCGUCACGGAUAUCGACAGGAUGGGCCGCAUCCUCAAGACCCUGGUCUCCGCGCUCGAGAACUUCUCCAAAGAGGAUGAGAACGUCGGGAUCGGUGAUCUCAAAGGUCUUAGCUCCAACGCCCAAGUCAUGGUCAAGAUGUCGGUGUUUUCGGCUUGGGCGGAGCUGCAGGUUGCCAGCUCCGAGCAGAAGUACCUGCUCGACGUGUUGAAGCCGCACAUUGGAACGUUGACGCCGCUGUGGCUCGAGUCCCUACGGGAAUUUGCUCGUCUGCGCUUCGAACCCGACAUCUCGAUGACGCUGGGGCCCCCGUCGUUGUCUGGUAGUCUCGACACCAUCUAUGCGGCGCUGAACCGGGAGACUCUGCUCAAGUUCUACCAAGAGUCGUGGCUCAAGCUUGUCGACGCCAUUGCCAGCCUGAUUGAGCAAGAUAGCGAGUUCGUUUUUGACGCCCUGGACGGGAAGGAGUCUGAAGGGCUGAGCACCAACGGUCACACCAAGGGGCCUGACAUCAACUACCGCGACGAGCCCGUCGCAUUCUUCUUCGUUCUCUUUGGUAUCGCGUUCGAGGCCUUGGCCACGCGUCCUGGCCAGAGCGACUCGCUGGCUACCCAAGAGCAGAACCUUGCCAUCCUGCAGGCCCUCAAGAAGAUCCUCCACCCCAGCGUCUCCGGCCAUGCCAUCUACAGAGAAGCCAUCUUCUCAGAGACCAUGGACUUGCUCGACCGGCUGGUGUUGACAGAGGGGCUCGACGUUCAAGGCGUCAUUGUCGAGAUUGCAAGGGCGCUCUGCGUCUCCCACCCGUCGGCCCGCAAGAAGGACUCUGGCGACGACGGCGACCUUUCCGACGAUAUCGACCAGCUGUUCGAGCUCACACGCAUCAUCGUCCUCGUGCUCGCGGGCCUCCUGCCCAACCUCGCCGAGGCGAACCAGCCCGUCCGCCACCAGAUGACGGAAGAGGCCAUACUGCUCAUUCGAUCGUCCCUGAACGCGCUCGUCGACGCGGCUGAGGUCUUCCCCUCCAUCAUCAAGACGGACCUCCAUGCUUGCAUCAUUCACAUCCUGGCCACCAUUCUCGCUACGCCGGGGUGCCAGGAGGUGAUUGUGCCCCAGUCCUUGCCCACGCUCAAGCGCUUUGUCGGGAGCAUGACGAAAUCCCGCAGGGCAGGUAGCGGCGGCGAGGACGGCAAGGGACCGUCGCCCACGGAUAUUCAACUGCAGGGCUGCCUGCGCCGAUUCCUUUCCAUCUACCUCAACGCCCAGAAGCGCGAGGUGCCAACGUCCCUCAUCUGCGUCAAGAACUGCCUGCUGGCGAGCACCAUUCUGUUCACGGGCGGCACGAACCACCUGGCGGCGAACGAUCCUCUGGUGGCGAGAUACCUCGACGAGGUGAUCGACUGUCUCACAGAUCGCAUGACCGCCAAAAUCGCAGCAAACUGCAUCAGGUCCCUCCUGCUGCAAGCCAAAUCGACACCGGCAGACCACACCAUCGCGCGCUACCUGCUUCCGCGCCUCAUCGCCUUCGUCUCCAACACGGCGCCGGAGGACCCGGAGAACGCACGGUCCAUGGUUGCGCACUCGCUCAGCCAGUACGUGGGCACCGUGCCGCGGGACCGCGUCCCCGUCGCCGUGGCGCUCGUGCUGCCCACCUUGCUGACGCGCGCGUCGUCGGAGGGCGAGGACUGCUACCGGGAUACGUCGGCGAGGCUGCUGGAGCUCGCGGCGGUCGACCAGAACGCGUUCCGCACCGUCGUCGCCGGGCUCAACGAGGGGCAGAGGGCGUUCCUCGAGGAGGUGAUCCGGUGGGGCAGGCAGCAGGGGCAGGCGGAGCCGGCCGAGGCCGAGGCGUCGGGCCAGCCGACCAUCGCGCUGAAGAUGAACUUUGGGGGGUGA